GCGAAACUCUUGAGGCAGAUCCUGCUGGCGGGCAUGGGGGACCAAAUCGCCAAGAAGAUCCCCCCCGAGGAAGUGAAAGAGGGCGAGGACAAGGCCAAGUUCAAGUACGCAUACCAGGCGAACAAUAUGGAGGAUCCCGUCUUCCUCCAUCAAGGCUCCGUUCUAAAGAAGUCGCUGCCUGAAUUCGUCGUGUAUCAGGAGAUUUACGAAACCAACAAGAUGUACAUGAGGGGCGUGACAGCCAUAGAACCGGAAUGGCUGGCCACUUACGUCCCGAGCUUGUGCAACUUGUCCGAACCUUUGUUAAGCCCCGAGCCCCGAUACAACCCAGCAACAGGUAAAGUCCACUGUACGGUGUCGGGUACGUUUGGGCCACAAGCUUGGCCGUUGCCGCAUAUGGAAAUCGUUUAUCCUGCUUCUAUGGACGCGUACAAGUGGUUCGCAAGGUACCUUCUCGAAGGGAAGGUGUUCCCGAGGCUUGAAAAAUACGUCACGGCAUUGCUCAGCCCAGCCAACAUCAUGGUGAAAAGUUGGGCGAGGCUGCAGCCACGAACAGAGGCGUUGUUGAAAGCGCUCCUAAAUCGAGACUGCUGCUCUAAAAAGGUUCUGGGGGACAUUUGGAGUGACAGUCCCCAAUACUUGUUGGCGGAAUACUUGAAGUGGCUUCCGGAAUCUGCCCACGGGGAAGUUAGCUUGCUUUGGCCCCCUCUAGAUAGUAAAGUUAGUUGAUGUAAAGAGACAUAUGUUUGAAUUUUAUGUAAAUACUUACGUUUUGUAUAUAAUUUG